AUGGAAAUGGGCGCUCCUAGGGACAUCCGACCUGGAGACAAUGUCAUUCUAAAGCUCCCCAACGGUGAACUCAAGCUUGUAAAAAUACCAGACGGGGAUGGAAAAGGUGAAAUAAAACUCGGAAAGUAUGGUGCAUUUCGCAGCGAGCACAUACUCGGCCACCCAUUUGGCUUAUCCUACGAGAUUUUGGAUAAAAAGGAACUAAAAGUAGUGCCCCAUAGGACCAUAGAGGAAAUAGAGGAGACCAAUGCAACAAAUGAAUUAAUCAACGAUGAUGGAAAGUUUGUGCAGCCGUUAACCACGGAGGAAAUAGAGCUGCUCAAAGCCAGCGGUGCCCAUGUCACAGAAAUCAUCAAACGCCAAAUCGAGGCUCACACAACGUACGAACUCAAAAACGAGUAUAGCAAAGAAAAGUACAAGAAGAGAAAAGAAGCCAAGUACUCCAAAAGCUUUACAGUUAUAGAACCUACACUGUUCAACAUCUGUGAAUACCACUUCUCACGGGACGCCAGCAAAAUCCGAGACCUGAGACCUCAUACCUUGGGACAACUACUCAACUCGGCCAACGUUCGACCAGGCGCACGCAUCUUGGUGGCUGACGAUGUUUCGGGGCUACUCGUAGCGGCUGUGCUAGAGAGGUUGGGAGGAAGUGGGAGAUGUCUGGUAAUCACCGACGUCGAUGGACCAUCGGCGUUUCCUAUUAUACCCCAUAUGAACUUCGAGCCCGAAGUCAAGUCUUCAAAAAUUAUGAGUACCUUGAAUUGGGCGGCCGCGGACGAGGAUUAUACCCCUUUGGCUGCUGCUCGAGUUGCCGAGGAGCCGGUGGAAGAACUACAAACUAACAAGGAAAAAUCAAAACAGCGAAAGCGAAAGGUAGCAGUUGGUGUAUUAGCCAGCUUACGAGAGGAACUGUUUUCAGGGGAAUUUGACGGCUUGGUGGUAGCCAGUCAAUUUGAGCCAUUCUCGCUGGUAGAGAAAUUGUCACCGUAUUUGGCCGGAUCUGGGUCAAUUGCUGUUUAUAGUCCUUACAUUCAGCCUCUUAUAGAAGCUCAAUCUCGAAUGCGACCAAUGGCCAAGUACUUGGCUCCUGCAGUCCAAGAAACCUGGCAUCGAGAGUACCAGGUGCUCCCUGGUCGAACACACCCGCACAUGACUAUGCCAGGUCCAACAGGGUAUAUUUUAACUGCGAUCAAGGUAUACGAUAACCCCGAGGCAUCUUCUGUACUCCUACAUCGAAAGGAACUUAGAGCCAAAAGGCGUAAACUUGCCGAGGAGAAGGCAGCAGAAAGCGCAGGGUCUGCAGCCGAUGAUGCAGUGGAAGAACAAGAUCCAACUUUGGCGCCAGCAAUGGGCCCUGAACCAUAA